GUUGGGACAGAAACCAGAACUUCAUUUUGCCGGCGCUGGAGUCGUAAGAGACGGUCAGGCGCUUCUCAAUUGGCUUGGAGUUGGCUUGCUGAGUGAGGCGCUGUAGCCUUAGGUGUGGUCUGGUCAUGGCGCCGAAAAGAAAGGUAGAGACAGUUUGGGUCAAGGUGAACGAGAAAAGUCCAAAGCAAUGUUUGCUUGCUCCAUCUUCAGGAAAGCUGGAUGUCAGCAAGGAAGGGCUUCAGCCUGGAGCAGUGGCGAUCAACGGGGUCCAUUACGCUUUCACUCAGAAGCUUCAGACUAUUGUCCCGCUGAAGCAACUGGACCUUGCAGCAGAUGCAAAUGGAGCAUUAGACACAAGCCCGAUCCUUAUCACAGGGCCUCUUCGUGUUGAGGAGGCAUAUGCUCCGGAUGCAGAUGAAGAAGAAGCAGAGAAAGUUCGGGACCCUCUGAGACUAUACAGCGCAGCCGUCAAGCGCCUGGAGCGUAGGUCAGGAGGCACUACAACCACAGCGGGAACAGUGGUGUUUGUUUCAGCACAGGGACACUUUGUGACGUGUCUGCACAGUGUUCUGAGGACACAGGGCAAGAUUUUUCCGGACACCUUCUCAGUUGAGGGGCGGUCAGUUGAGCAUGUUGUCAGCUUCCCAGCUAUUGACAUGUCGGUCUGGAGGGUCACCGGUCCCGGCCCUGCUGAGCAUCCAUACCUCCCCCUCGGGAUCGGCCUUUUUGCUGGCAUGCCCUUUAUGCUCGUCCAUUAUCCGCUGCUUGUUGAUCAGGAGGGACAACAGGACUUUGCGAAGCCAACAGUCACUAGUGGUGUUAUCUCCGCCGUCAGCAAUGGAACGCAGGUCCUUGGUGAUGCCGAGAGCUUCCCCAACAGCUCGGGAGGAGCAGCUUGCGCCGAUGGUCAAGUAAUCGCCAUCAAUACCUGCGGACUAUCUCAUGAGGAUGUCCCACUGUCCCAAGAAGAUGAGGAAGAAGACUUCUCCUCGUUAACAUACGACGAAGCGUGGGUGGGGCCCAAUCAUGAACGCCUCUUCUCGGGGGAGGAAUCCAGCUGCGAUCCAAAGGAUGAGUCCUCUAGUCAGCCCUUGUCUCCGAAGACCUUAACAAGGAAAAUGAAGAGGGCAGAGGCGAAUGCCCCCCACAAAGGCACUCUUUGUGGCAUGGUGCCCUGUAGUCUGCUGCAGCCCAUGCUUGCCAAGUACAAAGUCCUGAAAAUGCCUCAGAUUACCAACCUUCGAGCCUCGAAGCACUGCUUCACAUCAACGCACAACUUGCCGGGCCGCAAUGUUACGCUACGGGGCAUUUCAUUGAACUUCCGCGGACCUGACCUUGGACAAGACCUCUUCAUCUUGUACAAAUCCGUCAAGCUGACUCAGAAAGCUGAUUCACAAUGGGGGGACCGUAACUACUUGAGUACCAGCACCCUUAGAGAACAGCUCACAUACCAGAAUUGGCAAGCAGGUCAUUCGAGUACACCUACUUCUAGCGCGACAACUACGGUUCACGUUGCAGUUCACGUUCCAAAUCUGCUCUUAGACGAGACCAGUCAAGGCGAAAUGGCUGGAACACUCCUGGCCUCGACCUACACUGUAAUCCAUCAAGCUGUUCUGAGAAGCUGCGAGGAGAGUCUUCUUCCUGUGGCAGCAGCGUCCUACCAGCAUCUCUUAGCACAGCAAGGUCCACACCGGCGGAAAAGCUUCAACAGAGGUGAGCUGUUUCAUGCCGGCGGACGCAGCGUUCUGGUCGGGGCGUCUGCGGUUCUCCAUCAACUCGGAAACUCGGACCGGCUGUCCAGUCCGGGCAGGAUGUUUCGGAUGUCGCCCUCCGGAGGGCUGGCGAACCAGGCGGGGGACCCUGAGCGUGUUCCGGAACGAGGGUCACCAAAGCGGAGGGCUUCCACUGCGGCUCUCCGGACGGGCGGUUCGGACGGGCGGUGCGAGCAGCUGCGAACGGUGUUCUCUGUGUUCCGGGCAGAACGGGGCGGAAUGGUAUGUGUCGUAGGCGUAUCACAGCCGUAGGUGUCUUCCAAGUCUCUACAGAUUUCGCUUGAUUGGUUUGAUGUUCUAUGAUUCUUUUCUUGAUGAACACCUCCGGUGCUAGUUUUCCAAGCAUUCUUUGUCCGCGUCGUUGGUGUGAUCUCUGUAAAUUUUCGUUUCCAUCUUACACGAGAACAAACGGAACGGCUUUGUGGUUCACUAUUUUGUAAAAGAAGCUCGUGACAUUCUCUCUUGCUUCUAUCUCCUAAGUCUGGGCUGUUAGACUGGAGUGGGCAUCUUUUAAAAGGGGCUGUAGCUUAAUUGGCAAAGCGCCAAGCAACUGCGAUCGUGGGGCCACAUUGCCCGAGUUGUUCGACCCGCUGAUGUGCGGAGAGCUUAGCAUAUGACUGCGCAUUGAUGUGCGAGACGUGGCGCGAGCAUGUUGAUAGUUUACGUUCAGAUGUUGAUAGCUUACGGAGCGACGUUGACAGCGUAUGAGCUGAUGCGGAUAGUCUGAGAGACUUUGGUGAUAGCUUAUCACUUGACGGCUCGCCAUAUGGAGGGAGCAGGAGAGCUCGAUGAGCUCGUUUGACCGGGUGGGACUUUGUGAGUCGCCCGAGGGCUUAUGCAGCCUAAGCACAGAGAGUGCAGAUAGCCAUUGUGUGGCUAGAGACAGCCUAUGCGGCUAGAGACGGCCUAUGUGGCCGGAGCGAGAGUGCUUUGCACUGCUGUCGUGGACCUGCACGGUUCUUUGAUCGGUGCAGACUAAUCCUGGUGCGUUUUGCGCCUGGGAAGUUCUGACCUGGCGCGUUUCGCGCAGUCGAGACGCAUGCAUGUUUCGUGCAGCGCUUAGUUAGCGACACGAGCAGCGAGGCUUAGACGGCCACGGCUUGUCGGAGGAUUAGAGGCCAGGCAGCCGCCGUGAUGCGGUGGGCAGAGUGACUUACGGGCUUUGCUGACGUCAGAGUGGCGUCACUAGGGUGUCAUGUUGACUAGCC